UGACGGCGCUUCCGGCUGGGGACGUGGCUCGGCGCCGCCAUCUUGCGGGGCUGCUGGCGGUGCGCGGUGCGCGGAGGCAGGCAGGGAGCGAGCGCGGAGCUCUGCGCUGCCGCCGCCAUGGUGCUGUUGGCAGCAGCUGUCUGCACAAAGGCAGGGAAGGCCAUUGUCUCCCGGCAGUUCGUGGAGAUGACACGGACCCGCAUCGAGGGGCUGCUGGCAGCCUUCCCAAAGCUGAUGAACACGGGGAAGCAGCACACCUUCGUGGAGACCGAGAGCGUGCGCUACGUCUAUCAGCCCAUGGAGAAGCUCUACAUGGUGCUCAUAACCACCAAGAACAGCAACAUUCUGGAAGACCUGGAAACACUCCGACUCUUCUCCCGAGUGAUCCCCGAGUACUGUCGAGCUCUGGAGGAGAACGAGAUCUCUGAGCACUGCUUUGACCUGAUUUUUGCCUUUGAUGAAAUUGUGGCCCUGGGCUACCGUGAGAAUGUGAACCUGGCCCAGAUCCGGACCUUCACCGAGAUGGAAUCACAUGAUGAGAAGGUCUUCCGAGCAGUCCGGGAGACUCAGGAACGCGAAGCGAAAGCUGAGAUGCGCCGCAAAGCAAAGGAGCUGCAGCAGGCCAGGAGGGACGCCGAGAGACAGGGCAAGAAGGCACCCGGGUUUGGUGGCUUUGGCAGCUCAGCCAUGUCAGGGGGCACAACAGCAGCAAUGAUUGCAGAGACCAUUAUUGAAACAGACAAGCCCAAGGUGGCACCAGCACCAGCCAGGCCUUCAGGUCCAAGUAAAGCCUUGAAACUUGGUGCCAAGGGGAAGGAGGUGGACAAUUUCGUGGACAAGCUGAAAUCGGAAGGAGAGAACAUCAUGACCUCUGUGGGCAAGCGCUCUAUAGAAGCAGCCAAAGUUCUUGCUCCUCCUGUCAACACAGAGAGCGUGCACAUGAAAAUAGAGGAGAAAAUUUCCUUGACCUGUGGCCGUGACGGAGGGCUGCAGAACAUGGAGCUGCAUGGCAUGAUCAUGCUGCACAUCUCCGACGAGAAAUUCGCACGGAUUCGCCUGCACGUGGAGAACGACGACAAGAGGGGAGUGCAGCUGCAGACUCACCCAAACGUGGACAAGAAGCUCUUCACCGCAGAGUCGCAGAUUGGUUUGAAGAACCCAGAGAAGUCAUUCCCCAUCAACAGCGACGUGGGCGUGCUGAAGUGGAGGCUGCAGACCACAGAGGAGUCCUUCAUCCCAUUGACAAUUAACUGCUGGCCCUCAGAAAGCGGCAACAGCUGUGACGUUAACAUUGAAUAUGAGUUGCAAGAGGAGAGCCUGGAGCUGAAUGAUGUCAUCAUCACCAUCCCCUUGCCGUCUGGCGUCGGUGCCCCAGUGAUUGGGGAGAUUGAUGGCGAGUAUCGCCACGACAGCCGUCGAAACCUCCUUGAGUGGUGCCUGCCAGUGAUAGAUGCCAAAACCAAGAGUGGCAGCCUGGAGUUCAGCAUAGCAGGGCAGCCCAACGACUUCUUCCCAGUGCACGUCUCCUUUGUCUCCAAAAAGAACUAUUGCAACAUACAGGUUUCCAAAGUGACCCAGGUAGACGGGAACAGCCCUGUGAGGUUUUCUACCGAAACCACCUUCCUGGUGGACAAGUAUGAAAUCCUGUAACGCCAGCUGUGGGGGAGUGCAAAGGAGGAAAUUUUUAAAUUUAAAAAAAAAUAGAGGCUGAAGUUUAUUCUGAAUGUUGGGAACGCCACAGCCCUCCUUCUGCUGAGAGCCGUGUCUCCGCCACCCGCAGCGGUCCUGGGUCACAGACAUUUUUGGCAGAAAACUGAGGUGCUCAUGGGGGGAAAGACUACAAACUUCUUCGACAGAUCUCUACUGGCCAGCAGAAGGGCAAGGUCUCCGCUGAGAACCUGGCUUUGACACGUCCCCUUCUCCCAUGAAGAUGCCCGGAGCUCCGUUCCAGCGCCUCCCAGACAUUGUUUUCCUCGCUUCUGAAGCAUCACUGUGCUGCUCCCUCCUUGGUGCUGCGGUUCUGACUUCUCAGCGCUCGUUUCCAUUGGUCGCAGGGGUUAACACAGGGGAGGCACUUGCUUCUCUGCACCCUUCUGUCUGAUGGAAACAGAGCAAGUUGGCCUUGGUGUUUGAGGUGGGAGGGGAAUUGGGGGAAGACAGACCCUGACUUUCAGUCUGCUUGCCCAGCACUAUUACUGCUGUUCCUCUGCAGUGUCUGUGUGGAGAGACUUGGGGUGCUCCAGCUCCUGACUGUCCCUGCAUGAGCUCACUGUCUGCUGCUGUGGUGGCUCUUGGGCCAGGGUCUGGAGGCAGUUCAACUGGGUUAGAACCAGCUACAUGUCAGAUUUGGGGUCCUUGUGGUGUCUGGGGAGGUUGAAGCCCUUGCCAUGGAGACUCAGCUGCUCGGCUUCCAUGUCAGGACCUGGCCCAAACUGGUGUUUCUUAGUGGAUGUGAGUGGAGGAGGAGAUGCUGAUGUCAUGAAAUUGGGAGUUGAUCUUGAUCUAAGUGUGAGCAGCACUCCGGUGCUGUCCUAGAGUCUCUCCUCCUGCUGCCUCACAAGCACCAUUUGCUUCAUCUCACAGACCUGUGCUCCCCUGUAGGUUCAUCUCACCCUGUGAUUAUUCUGGCUUUUCACGGGCCACCAGUGAGGGCUGUGGGGAGCUACCAUGGGCUCUGAGCACACAGCUCGGGAACAAGUGUCCUAAAAGGUCCCCGGGAGCAGCUCUGCAGGGCUGGUUUCUCCUGGUUCCCCUGCCAAAGAAGUUUGCAGUCUGUCAGCAGCACCCAGGAGGAAAUCACACCGAAGCUCCGUGUCCCAGAGAGCGAUUCCCGUCCCUACCGCAGUAGGCAAUGACGAUCCCUUUGCUCGGUCGCGUGUGAGAGCUGCUUGUCUGUAUGAUUUUUAAAUGGAUUCGAGGUUAGUAGGAAUAUCCAUGGAGCUUUUUUUGUUCCUUGAAUUGUUGAGGGCGAUACUUAAAGCGAGCUCCCCCUUUUUGUAACCCUGCCCGGUAGGGAAUAGAGCACAUUCCAGUGUACGCGGAGAAAACCCGAAACUGUAAUCGAAUAAAAGUAUUGUCAAAGGA